GGCGCAGAGUGCGAGCGGCGCCCCCGACAGACGCGGGGAGAGUCCGGGGGAGCGGGCCUCGGGCGCGGGGAGGCGGGCGCCGGGCGUGACGUAGCGCCGGGCUGGGGCGUUAUCAGCUGCGGGGCCGCGGCGACAGCGGACGGCGCCGCCCGGCCCGGGACGGCUGCGAGCCCGAGGCUGCGCGCGAAGGUCCCGAUCGCGUCUGGCCGCCGCCCCCGUCGCCGUGGCUCGCCGCGCGGCGGCAUGCGCCCGCGGUCUCUGCCUUAGCGGGGGAGCCCUCGCUGCUGGGGCCGGGAGGCCCGGGGCGCGGUGACGGGUGCCGGCGGCGGCGGCGGCGCGGCGCGGGCUUGGGGCCAUGAAGCCGGGGCCGGCCCGGGAGCUGGAGCCGCCGGCGCCGGUGCGGGGCGAGCCGCGCGCGGCGGAGCCCGAGGGGCGCUGGCGGGAGAAGGGCGAGGCGGACACGGAGCGCCAGCGCACCCGGGAGCGGCAGGAGGCCACGCUGGCCGGGCUGGCCGAGCUGGAGUACCUGCGCCAGCGGCAGGAGCUGCUGGUGCGGGGCGCCCUGCGCGGGGCCGGGGCCGCGGGGGCCGCGGUGCGGGGCGCCGGGGAGCUGCCGGCCGAGGCGGCGCAGCGGAGCCGUCUGGAGGAGAAGUUCUUGGAGGAGAACAUCAUGCUGCUGCGCAAGCAAUUGAAUUGUUUGAGAAGAAGAGAUGCUGGCUUGUUGAAUCAGUUGCAAGAACUUGACAAACAGAUAAGUGACCUGAGGCUGGAUGUGGAAAAGACCUCUGAAGAGCACCUGGAGACAGAUAGCCGGCCUAGCUCAGGGUUUUAUGAGCUGAGUGAUGGGGCUUCGGGAUCCCUUUCAAAUUCCUCCAACUCUGUCUUCAGUGAGUGUUUAUCCAGUUGUCAUUCUAGCACCUGCUUUUGCAGCCCUUUGGAAGCUACCUUGUCUAUUACAGAUGGUUGCCCCAAAUCUUCAGAUCUCAUAGGAUGGUUGGAAUAUAAGGAAGGCCACUGUGAAGACCAGGUCUCAGGGGCAAUUUGUCAUUCCCCCUGCACACCACAAUUUAACUCCCUUGAUGUCAUUGCAGAUGUGAAUCCCAAGUACCAGUGUGAUCUGGUGUCUAAAAACGGGAAUGAUGUGUAUCGCUACCCAAGUCCACUUCAUGCCGUGGCUGUGCAGAGCCCCAUGUUUCUCCUUUGCCUCUCAGGCAACACUCUGAGGGAAGAGGAGAGGCUUGGCAACCAUGCCAAUGACAUCUGCUUGGGAUCUGAGCUGGACACCAUCAAGACAGACAGUUCCUCACCCUCUCCAACUGGUCUGUGGUCUGCUCCCCAUCCGGCAUCCACUAAGAAAAUGGAUGGUUACAUUCUGAGCCUGGUCCAGAAGAAAACCCACCCUGUAAGGACCAACAAACCUAGAACGAGUGUGAACGCUGACCCCACCAAGGGGCUUCUGAGGAACGGGAGUGUGUGUGUGCGUGUGACCGGGAGCAUCUCACAGGGCAAUAAUGGAAACCUGAAGAAUUUUAAACAGGUGCCCGUGGCUGCAGGCGGGAUCCCCGCUUUGGACACUGGAAACUUCUCUCCUCUGAAACAGUGGUCAAAGGACUCAAAGGCUGAAACAGUGGAAAAUAAGAGGUUGCCCCCGCUGGAGGGGUCCUCGCCUGGCGCUGCCACUGAACUUCAAAGUAAGCAUCUGCCCAAAACCAUAAAGUCCGCCUCCCAGGACCAUGGGUGGUGUACCCCCGCCUUGCCAGGGGAGUCCCCUAAUGAGAACGGCCAGAUCUCUGGUGCUUCCUCCAAAGAGAGCCCGGGGAGAAUCCCCGCCCCGCCACCUCCACCGCCAGAGAGCAAAGUGGUGGUGCAGCCACAGAAAAAGCCAUCCCCGAAGAGUGGCCUGCUGACCCCAGCCUUCGUGGUGGAAGAGAGGCCGGCUCUGGAUUUCAAAAGCGAGGGAUCUUCCUCGCAAAGCCUAGAGGAAGGGCCCCUCGUGAAGGCGCAGUUUGUGCCAGGGCAGCCACCGGGCGGCCGGCCCCACCGAGGUGGUGGUGGCAGUGGCGGUGGUGGCAGCCGCACCGUGGCCGGGGUGAGGAGCUCAGCCCUGAAGCACCGCGCGCCCGGCCUGCACCUGGGUCCUGACGGCACGCUGCCCACCGUGCGCGAGAAGAGCCGGGCGGCCAGCAAGAAGUGUCGCUUCCCCGACGACCUGGAUACAAAUAAGAGGCUCCGAAGGGGUGCCCCGAAGGGGAGUCGGAAGGGUGCGGGCGGCCAGGCUGAGGCAGCUGUCCCCAGUCGGUCCCUAGGAGCGCACAGCCGGGUGGGGACCCGGGCGCACGGCCACGCGCGCGAGCCGGUGGUGGCCAAGCCCAAGCACAAGCGAACGGAUUCCCGGCGCUGGCGCUCGGCCGCCGAGGUGUCGUACGAGGAGGCCCUGCGGCGGGCACGGCGGGCACGGCGGGAGAACGGGGGCUUGUACCCCGCCACCACCACUGCUGCCACCGCCGCCGCGGCCGCCGCAGUCCCCCUGCCCUAUGCCAGCCCCUACGCGUACGUGGCCAGCGACUCCGAGUACUCGGCCGAGUGCGAGUCCCUCUUCCACUCCACCGUGGUGGACACGAGCGAGGACGAGCAGAGCAACUACACCACCAACUGCUUCGGGGACAGCGAGUCGAGCGUGAGCGAGGGCGAGUUCGCGGGGGAGAGCACCAGCACCAGCGACUCGGAGGAAAGCGCGGGCUUGAACUGGUCGCAGUUUGUGCAGACGCUCCCGAUUCAGACGGUCACGGCCCCCGACCUGCACCACCACGCCACCAAGACCUUUGUCAAAAUCAAGGCAUCCCACAACCUCAAGAAGAAGAUCCUCCGUUUCCGCUCUGGCUCCUUGAAACUGAUGACGACCGUUUGAGUUCCCUGGUGGGUGUAGAAAGGAAAAGGGGUAUUGUGGUGUUGGAUUCCUGUUUACCCAGGAGAAGGUGACAGCUUAGGGUGUGUGUGUGUGUGUGUGUGUGUGUGUGUGUGUGUGAUGCUCUCACGACUGUUUUCUUUUUGUUAAGGUAUAACCGAGGUCAGUGAUGUCUCGGCUUCACAGUGGACGGACUCUAGUGCCUUUAUGGAAGGUAGAGAAUGUUUGACUCCUUAAAUGUCAACCGAGGUUGUACUGGCGGUGAUAGUGAAUGAGUUUUGUGGUGUCAGCUGAUUUUAACGUUAAAUUCAGAGUUGUGUCAAGGCACAGGUUUGAAUGUUCAAGUCUU